AUGACAAGUGCUGCUCCUGCUGCUUGGAGACAGGCUUCGGCCUUCUCUAAGCGUCUUUCAACCUAUCGUUACCGCGCUCCGAGAGUACUCGCCACUGGCUUGCGCGCCCGGUCCUAUGUCACCGAAACCAAAGUCGGCCAGGCCCAGGUCAAUGUUGAUGCUGCAAUCAAGGAGGAACAAAAGUCGUUCAUGAAGCAGGCUGGUGUGGCCCCUAGCGGUGUUAACCUGCCCGGUUCGGCGACUUCCGGCGAUACUGCAAUGAGCCCAACGGCCGGCAUUCUGAAGCAGGCCACCGUCAUGGACCAGGGCACGCGGCCCAUCUAUCUCGAUAUGCAAGCUACUACACCCCUCGAUCCCCGAGUUCUCGAUAAGAUGCUACCUUAUCUCACCGGUAUCUACGGCAACCCGCACUCACGCACACACGCUUACGGUUGGGAGUCGGAGAAGGGUGUUGAGGAGGCUCGCGAGCACAUCGCUAAGUUGAUCGGGGCCGACCCCAAGGAGAUUAUCUUCACAAGUGGUGCGACAGAGAGUAACAACAUGAGUUUGAAGGGUGUGGCGCGAUUCUUUGGUCGCUCCGGAAAGAAGAACCACAUUAUCACCACUCAAACUGAGCACAAGUGUGUUCUGGACAGCUGCCGACACUUGCAGGAUGAAGGAUUCGAGGUCACCUACUUGCCCGUUCAGAGCAACGGUCUGAUCCGCAUGUCUGAUCUGGAGGCCGCUAUGCGCCCGGAAACUUGCAUUGUCAGUGUCAUGGCUGUCAACAAUGAGAUUGGUGUGAUUCAGCCUAUGGAGGAGAUUGGUCGUCUCUGCCGGUCUAAGAAGGUCUUCUUCCACACCGACGGUGCGCAGGCUGUCGGAAAAAUCCCAUUGGAUGUCAACAAGCUGAACAUUGAUUUGAUGUCGAUUUCCAGCCACAAGAUCUAUGGUCCUAAGGGCAUUGGUGCUUGCUUUGUGCGCCGUCGCCCACGUGUUCGUCUUGACCCUCUUAUCACCGGUGGCGGACAGGAGAGAGGUCUGCGCAGUGGAACUUUGGCUCCGCAUUUGAUCGUGGGCUUCGGUGAGGCUUGCCGUCUUGCCACUACAGAUAUGGAGUAUGACACCAAGCACAUCGAGCGCUUGUCGAAGCGCCUGAGCGAGGGACUCCUUGCCAUGGAACACACCACACUGAACGGUGACCCAAAGGCCCACUACCCCGGCUGCGUGAACAUCUCAUUCGCCUACAUUGAAGGAGAAUCCCUCCUGAUGGCCCUGAAGGAUAUCGCCCUAUCAUCCGGCAGCGCCUGCACGUCCGCCUCACUGGAGCCCAGCUACGUGCUCCGCGCCCUGGGUAGCAGUGACGAGAGCGCCCACAGCAGUAUCCGCUUUGGAAUUGGACGAUUCACCUCCGACGAGGAAAUCGACUACGUUCUCAAGGCUGUCCAGGCCCGUGUGUCUUUCCUGCGUGAGCUGAGCCCGCUUUGGGAGUUGGUGCAGGAGGGUAUUGACCUCAACACCAUUGAGUGGAGCCAGCAUUGA